CUGGAAUAUGCAGAAAAUGUAUUGGAUGCAAUAGCAAAUGAAAUACGGUUGCGGUCCGUUUUGACAAAUGAAGUAAUAUCAAUCGUUGGAAGUUCACAGGUAAAUAACAGUGAUAAGGAUCAGGGCGAAACUAGUAGAAAUUUCUUGGAGAAGAAUAAAGACAAAAGGAAAUUAGAUGACGACCAAUCAGAUUAUUGUGAAGAACUUAAAUAUUUGCUUGAUGAGUCCAAUGAAGAUGCCAUUGUGGAAAAUAUUGACGAAAAAACUCUUGAAGACGAGGAUAAAUUGCCACCUGCAUGUGGUAACAAGUAUCCACCAAAAAUUCGUGCAGAUGUGUUGUAUGCUUUCCGAACAUACCAAAAAAAAAUUCCCAAAAUUCGUAGAGUAUUUACCCCCGCAUAUUGGGACGUACUAGAUCUAACUAAGGAAGGUUUAUUUGGGUGUAAAGAAAUUACCGAAGAUGACGUACAUCAAUUAUCGCAGGAUUUUGCCGACCAUAUAGAGUGGAAAUGCGAGCCUGCCCCAAGAAAUUUUCAGAAAUAUUUUGAUGGAAAUUGCGAUUAUGUUGAUAGCAAUCAUAACAAUCAAGAUCUUAAAAAAUUUGAUGCAUAUGUUCAAUUUAUGAAAGUUAACAUGCAUUCGUUCCAAGGUAUGCUCACCGAAGAACAGUUAAAAAUGACUACUUCGUUUCCGCUGAUUCAUGGAACAUUUACGUCGAAUAAUAUUAAAGAUGUCUGGGGAGAGGUUCAAACUCUUUCAACUAGUGACGCACGUAAUGAAAAUGUUGACCCAUUCAAAAAAGCCCGGAUGAGUAGGAAAGUUGACAUGAAAGCAACCUUAAUCAAAACAUUAAACAAAUUUGAAGUAAUUUAUGGUGAGGUUGCAGGGGGACUGGGGCCAUUCGGAAUUCCUUCUGCAUGUCGUAAGAAGCGAUUUUUGCACAAAAUUAAAUUGAUGAUAAUUAUGCGUGAUGGAAUAAAUCGUCUGUUAAAAGAAUGUAAGCACGUUACAGAUGAAAGCCAAAGGAACAUAAUAAUCUAUGGCUGGUUACAAGCGGGAUUAGAAUUAAAUUUUUACGCGAUGGACUGGCAAGGGAACGGUAUAUACAGAUUUGGGUUAAUAGACUGGUGUAGAAUACCGGUUGAUGAAGAUGAUUGUGGCAAUUUGGAAGACGCAUAUUGCGUCCUUAAAUCGCUUGAGAGUAAGUCUCUUGAGACUGAAAAGGUCGUGAAAGAACUUUUUUCAGAAAAUACCAAGGGGAAACGACGUCGAAUUGCACCCGAAACUGAAGCGGAACUGAACACAAAUCGCACUCCACAAAAAUAA